CUUUUAACUUGAAGUCACUGACAUACUCCCUAAUGUGUUGACAAGCCUUUUCCAUAGGAGACAUUUAGACUUGUUAAAACUCAGUGUUAGUUACAUUAACAGUGGCUCUGUUCUGUUAGAAUGAACCAGCAUGAAUAAUACCAGGACUGAAGCAGGGAUGUUGAAAGCUACUCUGGGAAAUGAAGGGAAAAAAUUGAAGUGGAGCUGCGUGUGUCUGGAUGAAGAUCAGCAGAUACAACAAAAACAGACUACACUGAACUACAACUCUGAAGACUAGCACACGUCUGAGGAGACUAUGAAUGUGCUGUCAAACCCAGUGAUCAGGGCCCAGGAGCAGUCUCUACCUCUUUGUGGCCCCGGGUCUGUCCAGGACUUACCCCACUGCCCUCCAGGGUUCAACCUGAGCUCCCGCCUCAAUCCUGCACCAAUGCUUGGCCUCCAGAGUGGCCCAAGGUCAUCCAAACCUCAGAGGGAACUGAGUACUGAGGAGCAGCAGGAGCUCAGGAGGAAGAUCAAUAGCAGGGAGAGGAAGCGGAUGCAGGACUUGAACAUUGCCAUGGAUGCUCUCAGAGAGGUCAUGGUGCCUUAUGCCUCCUCACCUUCUUCCGCCUCCUCCUCUCAGUCCCACCAACCCGGAGCUCCUCCGGGCCGCAGGCUCUCUAAGAUCUCCACUCUGGUCCUGGCCAGGAACUACAUCCUCCUCCUGGGUUCGUCUCUGCAGGAGAUGCGGCGGUUGCUGGGGGAGGUGAGCAUUGGGAUGGGGGUGAACGCGGGGCCGGUCCCCCGGCUGCUGCUCACUGGAGGGUGGCCCCUCAUCUCCGGCUCUGGUCAGCUCCUCCUCACCCAGGAAUCCCUCCUCACCUCAGCAGCAGCCUCCAGCUCCUCCUCCUCCACUUCAUCGUCCUCUGCAGCUAAAUGUCCCCUGCUGUCUGCAGGCUCCAUGGAAGCCUCGCUGGCCCCAGUGCAGUGGAGCUCUGCAGGGGGCUCAGGAGGUCCCCUGUGCCCUUGUGGAGUCUGCAGACUGCCCAGAUUCAGCCAUUCUACCCCAGUUCCCAGAUUCCCAAAGUGACACCUUGAAUUUGAAGAGGAUAUCUGAAGAAUGGACUUGAUGACUGUUAAAUGUAUGCAACAUUUUUUAUAUGAAUUGUUAUUUUUCUAACAUUUUUAACAUGUUUAUAAUAUUUUACUACACUAUAUACUCACAAUUAUCCUUUGAUCUUUCUAAACAUGAUACAACUAUUCUGUAUUUGGUAAGACAUUCUCUUUAGCUCUAAUAAUGUCCUUUUUGUUUGUGAGUUUCGAUGCAUUUGAUCAUGAUUCCUAAUGUCACAGAGAAAUAAUGAGCUAUUUUGGACUUUGUUGCAUAUUAAAUGAAAACUGUAAUGACCGUGUGCAUGGUGGUUAUAACUGCAGUGUUGUACUUUAGCUUUCUGGGUAAAAGUCAGUGACAAUUUCAGGGGCCUAGAGCUGGAAAGGGCCCAAAUAAAGGGCUCUUAUAAUUCUGAUAAUUAAAGCUCUGAAAACCAA